AAUUGUUUUGCUGCAUUUCUGCACAGCCCUCACUUCAAAUGCAGUAGAGAGAGAGAGAGAGAUUGGGCAGGCUCUGGACUGGUGUUCUGGGCUAUUUCAACUUCAGGGCAACUUUAGAGAACUUCAGUUAUUUUGGCUUCUGGCAGACAGCUGAGACCAGCAGAGUCUGAUGCGGAUGCUGACGCUGAUGCUGAUGCAGAAGAAGAUGAUUCUGUCAAUGAAGUGACAAUAGAAGACAUACGACCAAGGCCACAAGGAUCCUCUCCAGUUUACGAAUAUUCCAUAGAAGAAGAAUAUUUUAACAAAAAGCUUCAAGAAGAUCUAGAGAACAAAAAAUAUUCUAAAGACAAAGAAAAACUGGCUCAUCCAGAGAAGACCAUGGAAGUGACCCUGACAACAGAAGUGGAGUCUGGGGCUAGCGGUUUCAGUGUGACUGGAGGGGGAAAUGAAGGAAUAUUUAUAAAACGAGUACUCAAGGAAUCCCCUGCUUCAAAAUUAUUCAGUAUGAGAGAAGGUGAUCAGCUUCUCAGUGCCACAAUAUUUUUUGAUAAUAUCAAAUAUGAAGAUGCACUCAAGAUUCUUCAAUAUUCUGAGCCAUAUAAAGUCCAGUUCAGCCUCAAAAGAAAGCUUGUUGAGAAAGAAGAGUUAGAACAAAUUCAUUCAACAACACAGUACAAGAAAGAAAAAAUAAUUCAGGGAAAAGAAUAUAGGGAAUAUAUUCCUGAAGAAACAAUGCAAAUUUCAGAAAAGAUAAUAUCAGAAGAAGACCAAGAAAAGUUAAUUGUAAAACAAAGAGUGGGAAGAACAAAGCGACCCAAAAAAGAUAGAUUGUCAUGGCCAAAAUUCCAGUCAAUUAAAAAUAAAAAGAUCUUGGGGCACAGAAGAUCUCAUAGUACAUCAGAUGCAUAUGAACACACACUACAGGAUAUUUCCCCAACAAGCACUGAUACUGAGUCUCAAUUUCAACAAGAAAAAAUCCAAACUAAAGAAAAAAAAGGAAGCCAAAAGAAACUGAAGUUCCCUAACAUUGGAUUCAAGAUGCAUAGAACAAAAACAGACAUUGAAGACAAGCAGAGAUCAGAAAGAAAAACUGUGAUACAUACUGGAAAGGAUAAAAAACAGAGAGAAGAUAUCAGCAUGGAAACACCAGAAAUAUUAACCGUUGAGUACACUACUUCUCCGCUUGAAAUACAAACAGGUGAAAUACAUGGCAGCAUCAAAAAAGACAUGGAAAAUGGUUUACCGAUCCAUACAAAAAAAUGCCCUGAAGUUGAAAUUAGCAUCAGAAAACAAAAAGGCCAGACAGCAACAUCAAAGCACAUUGAUAUACAGCAAGAAGUACCUGUUAUAAAAACACAGAUAGAAGAAACAAUUUCAGAAACACCAAGCAAACAAAUACCUCAGGCUUUACCAAGAACACGAAAGAAGAAACAAAAAGGUUCUGCUGAACAAAUACAAAUUCAAAAACCGACCAAAAUAGAACUACAACCUGAAGGAGUAGGCCCAAUACAAAGAGAGAUUAAAGACCAUACACCUCCAAGUUCAAUUCAUGUAAAGGGACUAGAAAUAGGAAUAGCAAAGACAGAACAAAGCAAAACACCACAAGAAGCAGAUUCAAAAGAAAGGCAGGUGGAGAAUGAGACUCAAAAAUCAAAACUACAAAAACCAAAGGUUGGAAUAGCAAUUCCAAAAGGGAAAGGACCAGAAAGUGAAAUCACUUUAAUAAAAUUAGAAACUGACACUCCAAAGACAACACAGAAAACAGAAGAGGUUGGAAUAAAAAUGGAAGCAACAAAAAAUGAAAUAAAAUCAGAUAUCAUGGACAUAGUACCCGAAGACUCAGUAUGGAAAAUGCAAAUGCCAUCCCUGAAAAUGCCCCCAAAACCUGAAAUGGACCUUAGAGCCAUGAAGGCGGACAUCAGCGCCCCAUCAAUGGAUGUUUCAGUGAAAAAGUCACAAAUGGCAUCUAAAUUCCCACCUGACGAGGAUAAAAUUAUAAAUAUUGAAAGUGAGGUAAAAAUAACAGAAAAGGAUACAGAAGAAAAAGAAAGCAAAUUCAAAAUGCCAAAGCUCAGAUUACCUACAUUUACUUGGUCUACUACAAAAGAUACAAGUGCAGAAGUAGCUGGUGAGGCACAACUCAAAACAGCACAGAUGACUAUACCAACUGCUGGAGGAGAAGGAGACAUAACACUGAAAGGAUCUGACAUACAGGCUCCAGGUCUGGACCUCGACAUUGGACAAGCGCAGGUCAGUGUGUCAAAGAAAGAGCCAGAACUUUCACUGCCAAAGAUCCAGGCUCAAAUAAAAGAGGAAGAUUUAGCAGUAAAAGUCCCAGAGAUGCAAGCCAGCAUUGAGGUAACUACAGGAAAAACUGAGGGAAAAGGGAUGAAAAUCCAUAAGAAGAAAGUAAAGAUGCCAAAAAUGGGUUUUCCCAAACCGGAUAUACACGCACCAAAAGUAGAUGUCACCCAACCCACCUGCAUGGUCAGUAUUCCCCAAGUGGACAUGAAAGAAGAACCAGUGGCCACUGAAGUUGACAUCACUGAGCCAGAUGACAAAGCUCCAGAUCUCGGGGGAAGCAUGGAAAUACAGGGAAUACAAAUACACUCAAAAGUAACUGUGGAGGGUGAAGGUGAAAUAAAACUGGCAGAGAAAGAGGCCAAAGGCAAAGACAGCAAGUUCAAAAUGCCCAAAUUCGGCAUGCCUUCCUUUGGCUGGUCCAGCUCCAAAGAGGCGCGGGUGGGAGCAGCCGAUGUGGAGGUGAGCCUCACCGGGCCCCAGGUGACCUUGCCGGCAGCCAGCGUGGUGGGAGAGGUCAGCGCGCCUGCCGCUGAGAUCCAGGCUCCCGCUGUGGAGCUCGACAUUGGGGUGUCUGCCAGCAAAGAGGGGGAGAAGGGGAAAUUGAAGAUGCCAAGCGUGACGCUUCCCAAGGUGAAGAUGCCACCCGUGCAGGUCAGCCUGCCGAAGGCGGAGGCUGAUGUGUCACUUCCCGACACCCAAGCUGAAUUGAAAGGCGGAGACUUCGCAGUGAAGGUGCCAGCUGCAGAAGGCAGCAUCGACAUGCCUGCAGGCAAAGCCGAGAGCACAGGGAUGAAAAUCCACAUGCCCAAGGUCAAGAUGCCUAGUAUGGGAUUCUCCAAACCUGACAUCAAAGCGCCCAAACUCGACGUGGACGUCAGCUUACCCAAAGUCGACGCCACCCUGCCCACCUGCGAGGUCAGCCUUCCCCAAGCGGACCUGAAGGCGGGCCCCGUGGCCGGCGACAUCAGCAUCACCGCGCCGGAUGUGAAGGCUGGUGCACUGGAAGGCAGCCUGGAUGUGAAGACGCCCCAGAUUGAUGCCGAAGCACCAUCUGCCGAGAUUGCAGUGGGCGCUGCCGAGCUGGACACCGGGGGCCUGAAAGGGAAGGUUAAGAUGCCAAAAUUUGACAAGCCAAAGUUUGGAGUUUCCCUCCCCAAAGGCCACGUGCCAGAAGGCAAGAUCAGCCUGCCCGUGGUGGAAGGGGACCUUCCCAAAGCCAAAGUGACCGCCGAGGGGGCGGUCGUGUCGCUGGAGACCCCCGAGGUCCAGGUGAAAGCCGAGGUGCCAGGCACCGAAGCCGAUGUCUCCAGCUGGAAAGUGCAAAUGCCAUCCCUGAAGAUGCCCAAAAUGCCAAAAGCUGACGUCAAAGGCCCGAAGAUGGACGUCAGCCUGCCAUCGGUGGACGUCAGCCUGCCCAAGGUUGAGGUGGAGGUUGGAGGGCUGGAAGUUGCUGCUGGGAAGGUGGAGGUUGAAGGUGAAAUCAAACCUGGCGAGAAGGAGGCCAAAGGCAAAGACAGCAAGUUCAAAAUGCCCAAAUUCGGCAUGCCUUCCUUUGGCUGGUCCAGCUCCAAAGAGGCGCGGGUGGGAGCAGCCGAUGUGGAGGUGAGCCUCACCGGGCCCCAGGUGACCUUGCCGGCAGCCAGCGUGGUGGGAGAGGUCAGCGCGCCUGCCGCUGAGAUCCAGGCUCCCGCUGUGGAGCUCGACAUUGGGGUGUCUGCCAGCAAAGAGGGGGAGAAGGGGAAAUUGAAGAUGCCAAGCGUGACGCUUCCCAAGGUGAAGAUGCCACCCGUGCAGGUCAGCCUGCCGAAGGCGGAGGCUGAUGUGUCACUUCCCGACACCCAAGCUGAAUUGAAAGGCGGAGACUUCGCAGUGAAGGUGCCAGCUGCAGAAGGCAGCAUCAACAUGCCUGCAGGCAAAGCCGAGAGCACAGGGAUGAAAAUCCACAUGCCCAAAGUCAAGAUGCCGAGCAUAGGAUUCUCCAAACCCGACAUCAAACCUCCCAAACUCGACGUGGACGUCAGCUUACCCAAAGUCGACGUCACCGUGCCCACCUGCGAGGUCAGCCUUCCCCAAGAGGACCUAAAGGAAGGCCCUAAGCACGGUGAUGUCAUCCACACUGCACCCAAGAUCCAGGGUCCCACAAUGGAAGGCAGCCUAGAUGUGAGGGUGCCCCAGAUAGAUGCUAAAGGGCCAUCCGCUGAGGUCGGGGUGGGUGGGGCUGAACUGGACACCGGGGGCCUGAAAGGGAAGGUUUCGAAAAUGCCAGGGAGUCAUCCCAAAUUGGAAGGUGAUAUUUCUGAAUCUAAAGAGUAUCCAAAUAUAAUACUGGAAGGAGAGCCAAUCCCGAUUUCGAGCGCAGGAAGCAGUGUUGAUGUUCCUGAUGUGAAAGGAGAUCUUGGUGGCGUUAAUAUCAAUUUACCUAAAUUCAGGAUUCCUAGUUUGGGUUUUUCUAAACUUGAUAUUAGCUCCGCGAAGUCGGAGCAGGGUUCCAGUUUGCCAAGUGUUGAUGUCAUGCUUACUAAAUAUCAAAUGAGUAUUGAAGUCCCUGAGAUCAAAUCUGACACUGACAUUAGUGACAUAACCCUUUCUCAGGGUGAAACUCAAGUUGCAGCAACACAAAGUUCUGCUGAGCCGAAGGAUCCAGAUGUGGAUGCUGAUAUUUCUGUGGAAGAUACAGAUGUUAAUGUUGAAGUUUUGGAAGGGAAGUAUCUAGUUCAGAAAUGGAAGUGUCAGACUUAA